GUUAAUUGCACAGAACUACAUUUGCCUCCUUCAUCCAAAAUCAUAUCAAUGAACCCUAAACCAACCUUCGAUUUGUGAAUUUGCGAAUCGCACAGCUCUCAGAACCGAUUGCUUAUUCUCUCUCAUAAUUCGUGAAUUUUUUUACGUUUCUUCUCUGUGAUUACUUCUUUUCGCUCCCAUUCGUUUAAUUGAUUCUCUAGUUUUGGGAGUUCUUUGAAGCUAAGUUACAGACUUCGAAUUCGUUGACUCGUUGCCAGGGUCAGUUUGUGUAGCUGUCAUUUGUGAGAAACAUUAGCAACAAGUAAUUAAGGUUUUAGAUAGCCAUGAGAGGAGGAAGGAAGAAUUUGAAGAGAGCAACAGAGGAAAAACAUGUAACUCUUCAAGAUGGGCAAAGCAUUAUGCAGGUGGUGUCUCUUCGAGGCUCCAAUCUUAUUGAGGUCAUGGAUGCACAUGGUGAGAAAUCACUAGCUUUAUUUCCUGCUAAGUUUCAGAAAAGCAUGUGGAUAAAACAAGGGAGCUUCAUUGUAGUUGACGAAAGUGGAAAGAAAAAGGCUCUUGAAUCAGGAAGCAAGGUUGCAUGUCUCGUUUCUCAAGUUCUUUUCUACGAACAAGUUCGAGCAUUACAAAAAUCUCCAGAAUGGCCCGAAAUUUUUAAACAUGAUUUAAAUGAAAGAAUCACCUCUCAACAAGAGAAUGAGAUAGUCGCAAGUGAUGAUGACGAAGAUGAAGAUGAUGAUGAUGAUGGACUACCUCCAUUGGAAGCCAAUACUAAUAGGAUUAGACCUGUUGAGUUGCAAGUUGAUGAAAAUUUGGAAUCCAAUUCUGAUACAGAUGAUUAUGUAGGUUGCUCCCAUAGCUCAACUUAAACUAAAUAAAUAAUGUUCAUGUCCUAUCUUUUUGUGCUGAUUCUCUUGAGUAUUUACAUCAUUACAUGCAUAUUUAGCAAGGUCGUGGAGAAACAUCCUACAUUCAUGAUUCAAUUGUGGGUCAUUGUUGAUGCCAAAAUUAAAGGUUUUGAAAAUGAAUGCUAUAUUUUAGUUGAUUUGAUUUAAAACGAUUUUUGGAGAUAUGUACAUUUGACAUAUCUAAGAAAGUUGUGGAGAUAUGUACAUUUGACAUUCAUUAAUACAAUUGUAGAUUAUUGUUUAAUUUA